ACCAGUUGUAUUAUACGAAUGUCAUUCGAGUUUUUUUAACCUAAUUUAACUUUAAUAAGUGUUACCAUUAAUAUACUUUUCUGCAUUAUUAUUUAAUAUCUUUCGAUUUUUGACAAAGGGUGAUUACAGUACUUUAUACAAAACGUAUCACAUGUGCAGUUUGUUUCCAUAAAAAAUAAUUAUUAUUUGUAGUAAGAAAGAGAGAGAGAGUAUCAUAGGUUAUUAAAAGGUAAUAAAAAGUAUAAGGAUAAAAAAACAUAUUUGAUAAAAUUAAUGACAAAUUAAAUUGUAUUUUAAUAAAAUUGUGAAAAAGUACAUCACAUAAAGAAAAAUGUCGGAACGUAAAGUGUUAAAUAAAUAUUAUCCCCCGGAUUUCGAUCCAUCGAAAAUUCCGCGCAUGAAAUUAGCGCGUAAUCGACAAUAUACAGUUCGUUUGAUGGCACCAUUCAAUAUGAGAUGUAAAACAUGCGGAGAAUACAUUUAUAAAGGGAAAAAGUUUAAUGCUCGCAAAGAGGACGUCGAAGGGGAUGAUUAUUUAGGAAUACGUAUUUAUAGAUUUUAUAUUAAAUGUACACGAUGUUUACAAGAGAUAUCAUUUAAAACUGAUCCAAAGAAUACAGAUUAUGAAAUUGAAGCUGGUGCUACUAGAAAUUUUAUGGCAUUAAAAUUAGCGGAAGAACAAGCACAAAGGGAAGAGGAUGAAGAAAAAGAAGAAGAAGCUACUAAUCCGAUGAAACUUUUGGAAAAAAGGACGCAACAAUCUAAACAAGAAUUGGAAUUAUUAGAAUCGUUGGAAGAAUUAAAAGAUCUCAAUCGACGUUUAUUGCAGUCGAUUGAUUUUGAAGAAAUGAUUGAACAAUUUAAUACGACUAAACAGAGGGUAGAGAAAGAACAAGAAGAAUUAGAUGAACAAUACAUUAAAUCGGUGUUUGGUAAUAAAAAUCAAAAAGGUGUUGUCGUGGAAGAAGAAAUUGUAGAAUUGGAUGAAAGCGGUCCUCCUAAAAAAAUGUUAAAAACAAAAGAUAAAGAUAGCAAUAAUUUAGAUUCCAGAUUGGAUGAUACGGAAUCUAAAGAAACUAAUGAUAUACAUUUAUCGGGACCAUCUACAAGUACAUGUACAACUGCCAAAAGUUCGGUAUUUUCAAAUGAUACCAAGACAUCAUUUAAUAAAAAGAAUCUAGUUAUUGUUAAAAAGAAAGUAAAUUUAGGUGUAAAAACUAAUCAAAGUAACAAUAAUGAGAAAAACGUUACAAUGAAAACUGUUAAGUUACCGGAAGUAAACUCAGAUAAAGUUAAUAAUGUUAGUGAAAAUACAGUGCCUAGUUCUGGUAAUGUUGGAAAUAGUCUUUCUUUAUUAACAGAAUAUUCCGAUAGUAGUAGUGACAAUGACAGUAAUUAAUGCAACUAAUAUUAAUUAAUUGCAUUUAAGAUAAUAUAUAUAUACAUAUAUAUAUAAUAAAUAUAUAUAUAUAUUUAUUUAUUUUAUAAGCUUUCCUAAUAUAAAUAUAUUGUACAAAGAAACGUGUGUAUAGGUGUAUAGUGGUUUUACAAAAUGAUUCCGAAUAGAAGAAUUUGAUUUAAUUUGUGUAGAUUAUAGGUAAGACAUAAUAAAAAGUUCUCACAAGUAAUUAAUUUAAAUAAAUAUAAGCCAUGUGUAAACUAUUCUGUAGUUAAAAAAAAUC